AUGGGAGACAACGAUUCAGAGGCGCCAGUGUUGCGCCAGGGUCAUCCGACAGACAAAAUCGCUCCUAAGCUGGUCAACCAGGCCGACAAGCUCCAAGAGAAAUACCAAGCGCAGGCAGGCGCAGGGAGCAGCGACAAGAAGAAAGGCCCUGCCGGAGGCUUCGACGACACUCCCCUACCACACGCGCCUCCGGGAUAUACGCUCAAAAUCACGUUCCACAAGGCGGAGAAUCUUCCAUUUGCUGACCUACAAACCCUUUCAUCCGAUCCCUACGUCCUCGCCGUACUCCAUACCGAUUUACCCAAGAGACAUAAACAAGACCCUGAGCUCACGCUCAGGACGCCGACGAUACAUCGAAAUACCAAUCCUGAAUGGAACACGGAAUGGAUCGUUGCCAACGUUCCCAAGUCUGGGUUCUAUCUGAAGUGUAGGUUGUACGACGAAGAUCCCAGCGAUCAUGACGACCGACUUGGGAACGCACAUGUUGUUGUCCAUCAGAUCGACGACAACUGGAAGGGUCUUUCGCAUCAGUCGUUCAAGUUGAAGAAGCGCAUGGGAAGCAAAAGAGCAUACACGUUCCGGGGCGCUGCCGCUCUUGUCUCCAAACGCAUCAAGAUGGGUGGACAUCUCAUCGUCAGCGUUGAAAACCUGGGGAGGACUCAGGAUGAGAAUGGUGGGCGCGCAUAUACUCUUGGGCCUUUAGCAUGGAGUCGUCAUUUUUCUCCCAUGAUUGGGCGCCUGGUGGGUAUCAAGGACACGGAACAAGGGCAAGAUGGCAAGAAAACCGAGAAGUACAACUUUCAAGCCGUCCAACUGCAACUUCGUGGACCUAUCCCAGCAGAACUAUACCAUCGAUAUGUGGAAUUCAAGUCUUUCGUUGCAGGCAUGUUCACCGCCCACUCCCUACGCGGCCGUCUCUUGAAUCGCGCCCUCCACCACCAGCAUGCUCGAAUCUACAACUACGACCGCACCACCAAGUAUGGUGCUUUCCAAGAGCCGUGCAUUGAUUUGACGAAACAGUUUUUGGAGUUCGUCCACUACGAUGAAGGUGGACGGAUCUUCACCUAUGUUUUGACCUUGGACGCUCAACUACGCUUUACCGAGACGGGAAAAGAGUUUGGAGUCGACCUGCUCAGCAAGCACACCAUGCACAGUGACGUUAGCAUCUACAUUGCUUUCAGUGGCGAGUUUUUCAUUCGAAGAAUCCGACACCCACAACAGCACAAGAAAGAUAAAAAUGUUGAUCCGGCCUCCGGCACUCACCCUCCAGCGCCAGAUCCCGAAGCUAUCAAAAAUGGUAACAACGACCAUGACGACGGCGACAAGGAAGAGGAUCAAUCGACAACACAAUCCAGGCCCCACGGAGAACCCUCGGACUAUGAAUUGAUCAUCGACAACGACAGCGGCACGUACCGACCUAACGCGAAAACGCUCCCUUUGCUCCGCCAGUUUCUGUCCCAGAACUUCCCCGGUUUGAAAGUGGUGACGCUCGAUUGUCAAGCCGACGAGGAGAAGAUGAAGAAGUUGAAGGACGAACAGCGCGAGCACAAGAAGCAGUCCGGUCAGCAAAUCACGUACCUCCAGAAUGUCAGUAUGAGCAGUCUUAGCUCAAGUGACGAGGAACGGCUUGAAGCCCAGGCCGCCGAUGGACAGCCGAAGGAGCACAAGUACAAGCAUGAAGUGCACAAAUUCAUGGGCGGGGGCAAGGACCAGCACCAUGAUUUCGAGACAGAAGAGCCGGGGCAUGCGGACGGAAAUGCCGCGGAAAAUGAGGCAAAAAGAGAUGGCGAAGGCGGAGGGUAA